AUGGGAAACGCUUUACAGAAGACAGCUGUCUCAACAAAUAUUAAAGAAAGAUUAGAUUUUUCUUGUGCUCUAUUUGGAGCUGAUGGAGGAUUGGUCGCAAAUGGUACCUUAAGUCAUGCGGUUAAGUAUCAAAUGGAGUAUUACAAUGGUACACUAGAAGAUGGUGAUGUUAUUAUGACCAAUCACCCGCAAGCUGGUGGCUCACAUUUACCAGGCAAUUAUUGA